CCUCUAGAUAAACCCCUUCUCAACACCAACAUACGUCCAUCACCGACACCGAGCAUCUGUAUGUUUGUAUAAAUGAGAUCACAGCACUAAAGAUAAUUAACCAACCUAUUCUACUCUCCUUCGCCUCCAUAUCAUUUGAACAGCAUCACCAGCCAUCAUGACAAAAACCGUAGUCAUUCUAGGUGCAGGUUGGGCUGGUCUUCCACUCGCCCACAAGCUUCUCAAACACACACUUCCCAAAGUUCCUGACCUCAAAGUCAUCCUUGCCUCCCCGAAUAGUCACUUCUUCUGGAAUGUCGCUGCUACUCGUGGGAUAAUACCGGACGCCAUCCCAGAUGAACAGCUCUUCUUACCAAUCAAGCCCGGCUUCAAUCAAUACCCCUCUGAGAACUUUGAGUUCCUCCUUGGGAAAGCAGAUGGAGUCGAUGCCGAAUCGAGUACUGUUCAUGUAAUCUCUAACGAGAAUACCAGGCGCGAGAUUACGUAUGAUGAGCUGGUCAUUGCGACAGGGUCUCGGCUGGCUAGUGAUCUUCCCCUGAAGCCUGUUGGAACACAUCAAGAGACCAUCUCAGCAUGGAAGCAAUUGCAAAGCGAAGUCGGGGGCUCAAAGUCAAUAGUAAUCGCAGGUGGUGGUGCUACUGGAACUGAAGUUGCUGGUGAAUUGGCCGCAAGAUACGGCUCUUCCAAGAGCAUCACCCUUGUUAUUAGUGGUGCACAACCGUUGGAAGGGGCCCUUGGUUCAGUUCGCGCAUCGAUCUCAAGGGAUCUCAAGACCCUUGGGGUCAGACUCAUAUAUAAUGCGCGCGUCACCGAAGCAAAGAAGAGCGAAAGAGGCCAAGGGGCAGAGGUGCACUUGUCCAAUGGAAGCACCCUCACAACAGAUCUCUAUCUACCUCUGCACGGCAUCAAACUCAACACCUCAUUCGUACCACCGUCAUUAUUAGACUCUGGUGGAAACAUCAAGCUUGAUGAAAAGAUGAGAGUCGCCGGGACAAAGAACAUCUGGGGCAUUGGCGACGUGGGCAACAUCGACCCCAAGCAAUUGACCAUCACGGACAAUCAGAUCAUUCACUUGGCGACAGCUCUAGAUGCGACUUUGACGGGGAAUGGGGAUAUCAAGCCGUAUCAGCCUGCGAGCAAGAAGAUGAUAUUCGUGUCACUAGGUAAGAAGUAUGCGACGGGUCAGAUUGGGAACUGGAAGCUGUUCUCAUUCAUGGUAUCGUAUGUCAAGGGGAGGAAAUUGUUUGUUGAUACAGCUGAGGGAUACGUGGGAGGGAAGCAUUUGAGGCAUGCGGCCAUUUAA